GGUUAUCGCUUUGCAUAAAAAGUUCUUAUCGGUACAAUUUUGUUUACUGAUACGUGAAGUUUCGCUGCUCAGUUUUUAUAAGGAAUUCAUCUUGUGACAUCGCUUUUACAAAAGACACCAUGUCGGUCGCCAGUGCCUUCCAAUCAAGCAAAAUUGUUCCAGAUGUCAUCCCUUCCCCACCCAGCAAAACUAUAGAGCUCACUUACCCAAGCGGUGUCGUGGCUCAGCAGGGAAACGAGCUGACUCCUACUCAAGUGAAGAACCAACCCAGUGUAUCAUUUGAGGCUGACUCAGGUUCAUAUUAUACACUCAUUUUCACCGAUCCAGACAAUUACGAUGGCCCAGAGAAGGUCUACCGUGAAUGGCACCACUGGCUUGUAGUCAACAUCCCAGGCAGUGAUGUAUCGAAGGGCGAAGUUUUAUCCGGAUAUAUCGGCUCUGGCCCGCCAGAAGGCACUGGCAUCCAUCGCUACGUGUACAUUGUUUACAAACAACCGGGAAAACUAAGCUUCGAUGAAAAGAGGCUAACCAAUACGUCGAUCGACGGUCGUGCUGCUUUCUCCACUCAAAAGUUCGCCGAGAAGUAUAACUUAGGAGUUCCAGUCGCUGGGAACUUCUACCGAGCGCAAUUUGACGACUACGUACCUCUCUUGUACAAGAGUUUGGGAGUUUAAUAAAGUUUAUUAAUAUA